GCCGACGUCCUUUGGCUGUGCAUGACUACGGAGCCAUGGAGGUCCCCGCAGUGGAUGUGGCGAGCGCCUUGAGAGAGGCGGCGGCCUUGGAGGAGAAGAAGCUGAAGGAGAAGCAGCAGGCUGAAGCCGACAAUGCGCUCGCUGAGGAGGUUGAUGUCGAGGUGUUCUCUGCCUACGAGUGCCGAUCCCUCCCCCCAGAGCUCGGCAACGCGCACCCGGGAGACAUCAGCGAACCGGGCCUCCUCUCAGCGGUGCCGCUGCCGCCUUCCACGUAUGGCUCUGAAGCGUUUGACGGUCCAGUCAUCGACGAGACCAAGCUCAGCAGGCUACAGCUAGAAGGGGUACUCUACGCUGCUCAGAGGCACACCCACCUCCUUCCGGACGGGAAACGGGCAGGGUUCUUCAUCGGCGAUGGGGCAGGGGUAGGAAAGGGGCGGCAGAUUGCCGGGAUCAUCUUGGACUCGUGGGCUAGGGGUCGGAAGAAGCACAUCUGGUGCAGUAUCUCGAACGACCUAAAGCUGGACGCGCAGAGGGACUUGAAGGACGUCGGGUGCCACAUCAACGUCAUCGACGGCUGUCAGGCAUGGCGUGCGGGCAAGGGGUUGGAUGCCGCGUCAAGCAAGGGCCUCGGCAUGUCCAGUAGCUCCAAGCACGGGUGCCUGUUCAGCACGUACAGCACGCUCGCCAGCGGACGGUCCAACGCCGUCGGCAAGAAGACUCGCCUCGACCAGCUCAUAGACUGGUGCGGAGGGAAGGAGUUCGAGGGCUGCUUGGUGUUUGACGAGGCGCACAAGGCCAAAAACUUUAACACCUCAAAGGAGGAGCUGUCUACCAAGGUGUCCCAGGCCGUCAUCAAGAUUCAGGACAUGCUACCCAAGGCGCGCGUGGUAUACUGCUCCGCCACAGGGGUGACCGACAUCGGGAACCUGGCGUAUGCGACGCGGCUGGGCUUGUGGGGAGAGCACUCUCCGUUCCGCGGCUUCAAGGAGUUCAAGGAGAGCAUGGAGAAGCGCGGGCUAGGGGCACUGGAGAUGCUCGCGAUGGAGCUCAAGGCUAAGGGCUCGUACGUGAGCAGAGGGUUGGGGUGGAAAGGAGCGGAGUUCGAGACCUGCGAGGUGAAACUUCCGCCCUCGACUGUGGAGAUGUACGACAAGGCCGUAGAGUUCUGGAUGCUGCUGAGGAAGGAGUUGGAGAAGGCCGCUUCGGCGUGCGGCAACAGCGGCAUGUGCAAGGCCGAGCGGUGCAAGGACGGACACGUCUGCUCCCCGAUGCGUCAGUUCUGGGGGCAGCAGCAGCGUUUUUUCAAGGAGAUGGCAAACGCGUCCAAGGUGGAGUUCGUUGUUGCGCAAGCGAAGGAGGCGCUGUCGAGUGGCAUGAGUGUAGUCAUCGGCCUGCAGAGCACCGGGGAGAGCGGAAUGGACAAGGCAAUGUCGGAGAUGAAGAAGAGGCCGGGCGACACCGUUGCCACGCUCAUCAGCGCCGCGCACUAUGGCACCAUUGGGGUGCACAUCCAAGCGGGAAUCGCGACCCUGUUCAACGUGGAACAGGCUAGGGCAAGUCUCCGCAAAGACCAAGAGCAGAGCAAGGUAUUGAUGCUGGUGCUGGCGGUGGUGCUGAAGGCCGAGCACGCCAAGUCGCGUGAGCUUCAGGAUUGCGUGGAGGCUAAGGAAAAACUGCUUCAAAAGGCGAAGGACGAAACUGACAGAUCAGACGCCCUCAUCGAUGCUCUGGGGGGGACGGCAGAAGUCGCCGAGAUGACUGGCCGAAGGGGAAGGCUCGUUCGUAGGGUCCGCGGUGACGCUCGAUUCACGUACGACCUUAGGCCGGAAAACGAGGAGACCAGCCUGAACAUCCGCGAGCGCGAGCUGUUCAUGUCCGGGAAGAAGAGGGUGGCCAUCAUCAGCGACGCCGCCAGCACCGGGGUCUCCCUCCACACGGCGGUGGGGUCGGGAUCGGAGGGGCGUCGGCGGCUCCACAUCACUCUCGAGCUGCCGUGGUCCGCGGACAAGGCCAUACAGCAGCUGGGCAGGAGCCACCGCUCCAACCAAGCGUCGGCGCCGGUGUUCCGACUACUGGUGACCGAUCUCGGGGGGGAACGUCGCUUCGCUGCAGCCGUCGCCAAGCGGCUGGCCAGCCUAGGGGCCCUGACGAAGGGAGACCGUCGCGCCGCCACAGGAGCCGACUUUAGUUCCUUCGACCUGGACACCAAGUACGGCCGCAGGGCGCUCAAGUCCAUGAUGACGGCCAUUGUCACCAAGACGGGGCUAACCCCUGGCGUCGACUUGAUGACCCUCCGCCCCUUCGUGCAAUCUGGUCGGCUCAUGUCAACCGCUCCGGUCGCAGCUACCCCAACCCCAUCCUCUGACAACGAGGGUGGUGCGACGGGAGCCGCGGAGAUGGUGGCGGAAGAGCUCGGGCAAGACGCCAAGGCAGAGAUCAAGAUUGCUGCCAUGCUGGCUGCGGAGCGGAGCUUGGAGGACAUGGCGAUCGAACCAGGCCAGUACACCAACGUCACCCUCUUCCUGGGCAGGCUGCAGGGCCUCCCCGUCCAAAGGCAGAACCUCAUGUUUACCUACCUCACGGGCAACCCGCCCGUCUACGUGGGCCACUAG